CGGAACAGCUUCUAAAUCAACUCGAUCAUACACACAGCCUCCGUUCCACUCAUCCUCUCGCCUUCAAACUACCUGAAGCUCCUUGAAUUGGAAAUGAUGUUGCGUAGAUCUAUCAAAAGUGAAUGAAGAUCCUACUGUCCCUCCUUCUACUGCUUCUUCUUCGACUACCUGGCUCCAUCCCCAUAGACUUGGUCAUAUUCCGAAAUUCGAACUAGAACAUAGGAAGGGUAGAAGGGAUUCCGGUUAUUUUCCGGCAAGAUAAUUGUUCCUAUCGAAGAAUCAGGCCGGUCAGCUUUACUCUUAAAUCAUUUUGUUGAGCUUUUUGAUUCAUUGAUUUUGUUCGGAACCACUGUAGUUGUUUACCCAGGAGCGGCGCAGUUGAAUUCUCUCAUUUGAAAUUGAUUCCCGGUAUCCUUUUCGUUCAUCUUUGAAAAUUUGGAGUAAUUUUUUCCCUCUUCCUUUCAAGUUUAUUUCAAUGGAGUUCCUCUGUGUUGGUGGAUUGAAUGGAGUUUCUCUGUUUGUGUAAUCGAUGUAUGGGGCUGAAUGAAUUGGGUUUGGCUGACUCCGUAACCCCCAGUGAGUUAUUUUUCUACAUAAGGGUAAUUUGGAUACAUUAAUUAAUUUAUUUUAUUAAUAUUUAAUUUAGUGGCUGUGAUUAGCUGUAAAUAGAAUUACCUUUUUUUUUAAAUCUCUUGUUAUUGCAAUCCUCUCACGGCCCGAAGUAAAGUAUGUUGAGCCCAACAGUUAAUGGGGACAAGCGAAAUGGACAAAGAUUGCCCUAACUCUACAGUGCAUAUAUUUGACUAUUUCAGUUGAGGUUUCGGGUUAAACGGAGUAUUCGGCGCUUGUUAUGGUUCCUCAACGAAGAGUGUAGGCGUGGAUUGCUUGGAUCUAUGGCACCGAAAGUUAGGGACGUUCACGGUGCGGCGGAGGCGGAGGCAGUGGAGGUGGCUGCCGCUUCUCGUGCACCAUUAUUCUGCAUCUUCUAAAACUGAGUGUGAUGUGUACAGUCUACUGUAUUUGAGCACAAUAAUAAUGGGUUGGAGUAAGGGCAAAUAAAUCAUCACAUGAUCCUACACUGACUUGCUGAUGCCAAUGAGAGCACUCGAAAUCUUGAAUGCAAGCUCGAAUGCAAGAUCAGAGUGCACUCUAGGUCAACACCAGACCAAGGUCGGAAGUUCUUGCCGGGAUUCACUCCUCUCUGUAAAGGACAACAAAGCUCAACAUCGAGAAGGGCUGAGGCAAAACUGCAGAACCAGGCUAAGCACAGCCGUGACAUUGUAUAGGGAAAAGGUGGAACCAAGGGAGUUCUUGUUUCUCGAAUAGAGCCAUAGGUCAGUGUUACUUGCUAAGCAAUCCAAACAUAUUCCUCUCUCCAUGCAAAAAUGCACAACCCUCAACCACCUCAAACAAAUUCAUGCUCAUCUGCUCAAACUCCCCGAGAGCCCUUCCUCCAUCGUCCCGCUUUUCUCAUUCGCCGUCUCCUCAAAGAACCCAACUUUCUUUGGGUACGCGACUGCCGUUUUUCAGAACCUUCAGUUCCGAAGCACAUUCCUGUACAAUACAAUGAUCAGAGGAUAUGUGCAAUCCCAUUUGCCUGUGUCCGCAAUUCUUUGCUACAAAGAGAUGCUCAGCUGUAAUCUUAUUGUCAACAAUUAUACGUUUACACCCCUUGUCAAGGCAUGCUCUAUGGUCUUAGACGUCUUUAAGGGAAUGGGGUCUUCAGUACAUGCCCAUAUACUGAAACUAGGGUUUUAUCAAGAUCGUUUUAUUGCUAGUGCGUUGAUUGAGUUUUACUCGUUGGCACUUGAUGUGGAUAAAGCCAGUAUGCUGUUCGAUGAAAUUCCUGAUAGAGAUGUGGUGUUGUGGACAACAAUGAUUGAUGGGUAUGGGAAAAUUGGGAAGGUCCAGAAAGCCAGACAACUAUUCGAGGAAAUGCCAAGCAGAAAUGUCAUCUCUUGGAGCACAAUACUGGCAGCUUAUUCACUGGUUAGUGAUUUUAAAGAAGUUUUAUUGUUAUUUAAGAAAAUGGAAGAUAUUGGAAUGAGUCCUAACGAGUCUGUUCUUGUGAGUGCGGUCACAGCCUGUGCUCAUCUUGGCUCAUUAGAGCAAGGCUUAUGGAUUCACUCCUUGGCAAAGCGUUACAGGUAUGAUUCAAACCUUAUCUUAGCCACUGCAAUAGUGGAUAUGUACUCGAAGUGUGGUAGAAUGGACUUUGCUCUAUCUGUCUUUGAGGGAAUAUCUUGCAAAGAUACCGGAUCGUGGAAUGCUCUUUUAUCAGGAUUUGCAAUGAAUGGAGAUGCAUUAAAAUCUCUUCGGGUCUUUGAUGAAAUGGUGUCAAGUGGGGCACAACCUAAUGAGACCACAUUCGUUUCUCUUCUUUCUGCCUGCACUCAUGCUAAACUAAUAGACAGCGGCCUUAUAUUAUAUGACAAAAUGAGUAGUGUUUAUGGGGUGAAACCAAGAUUUGAGCAUGACGCAUGUGUGGUAGAUCUCUUAGCAAGGGCUGGUAAGUUAGAGGAAGCCGAGAAGUUCAUUGAAGAGAAGAUGGGCGGUAUAGAAAAGGGUGAUCCUAAUGUUUGGGGGGCAUUAUUGAGUGCUUGCAGGGUACACGGUAAUGUUGAAGUUGGUGACAGAUUUUGGAAAAAACUCUCUUCUAAUCCAAGGACAGCCCCCUAUGGCGCUCACAUGCUUUCUUACAUAAUGUAUAAGGAGGCUGGCUGGGAUGCAGAGGCUAGGAAGGUCAGACAAAUGAUUGAGAAGUCUGGAUUAAAGAAGAAACCUGGAUGUAGUGCUAUAGAAGUGAAUGGCGUGGUUGAAGAAUUCCUCGCGAGUGAUCUCUUGCAUCCUAAGGCCCGCGAAACAUGUGAUUCUCUAGUUAAUGUGAUGUAUUUAGCUCAGUAAAGGAGUUCCAGAAUUUAGCAUAAUGCAGUGUUUUUCAUGUCAUAAUUUGUGUACAAUGAAUUGAUGAAUCAUUAUCCACUGGAAUAACAUUUUUUUUGGGGAAAAUGGAAACUAAUAAUCCAACCUUUUAGCGGUCUUCUUUCAAUAAUCCCACCUUUUGAUUAUUCAUGAAUAAUCCAACCUUUGCACCUCAUUUUCAUUCAUUGGUCCCUGGUCGGUUAAUGACCUACUAUUCCAAGUUAUUUUCUUAUCUUUGCAAAAUAUUAUCUUUGUGAAAGAUGAGAUUUAUGGUAUAAUGAUUUGCAAAGAUAAGAAAAUAGCUUGGAAUAGCAGGUCAUCAACCGGUCAGGGACCAGUGAAUGAAGAUGAGGUGCAAAAGUUGGAUUAUUCAUGAAUAACCAAAAGGUUGGAUUAUUGUAAGAAGACCGCUAAAAGGUUGGAUUAUUAGUUUCCAUUUUCCCUUUUUUUUUUGUAAAUCUUUUCUUGGAUUGGG